AUGGAGCUGAGGAUGGCUGCGCCCAGCCCCCCGCUGCUGGCGUGAGAGUCCUGGGGCUCUGGGGCCCCACCCCCCCGAAGAACUUUCACACUAAGUUGCAAGAGGACUUUCAGAGCCUGAAGAGAUCGGGAGACCGGAGCCUGAGGUCAGCCAGGAGCCGGGCAGCCCGACCCGCUCCCGGCGCUCUUCUGCCGCGAGGAUGUUGGAAGACCUCAGUACAAAAGUAAUCCUUUUCAGAAGAGAGAGGAAAGUGAUGAAAUGAAAGUUGAUGAAAUAGAUGAAUUUUAAAAAGACCCUUUGCAAGCCUCCCUGCUGGUUGCAUUUUAUAAUAUCCAAGAUGACGUGACUGAGAAUGGGCUACCCUUGCUUUCGAAGUUGAUUCGUGGCCUGUCAGAAGUCAAUGGUGAUUUCAGGGUGGAAGUAAUAUCUGAUACUAAAGUUGCUGUCAUCACUUUUCUCAAAAAUACUGAUGGCUGGACAUUUGUUAAUGUUUGUGACAGACACCAUAGAGCUCAGAAACUUCAGAUUUUCCCAAGAUUUAUGGAAUGUGCAAGACCCAUUAAGGGUUGAAAAUCUGCCACCUCAUGUUGAUAAUAGUUACAUAAUGAUUUUCUUUGAUAACCAAUCCUCUAAAUGGAGAAAGAGUGACCAAUGUCUAAUAUUUCCCGGAGGAGAGUUCAGCCUUGGUUGAAUUUUCUCACUACAAAGUCAAAAUACCACGACAACCUAAACAAAAAGGUAGCCUCAAGCAAAACCAAAGAAGGUCUGAAACUCGUGUUGAUAAGUGGAAAUGUUUCAUGUUUUCAGGCCGAUGUCAUUGUCAACACUGUACCCACGGAUCUUCAGCUUGGAAGAGGAUCACUCUCUCAGUCUCUUUUGUGUAAAGCUGGUCCCAUGCUCCAGGAAGAGUUAAAUGCCACCAGACAGGAAACAGAGGAGGAAGUGGGUAGCAUAUUCAUGACAAGUGGCUGCAAUCUGAACUGCAAAGCUGUGCUCCAUGUUGUGGCUCCAGACUGGGAUAAUGGAGCAGGGUCUUCUUGGCAGAUAAUGGCAAAUAUAAUCAAGAAAUGUUUGAUGACUGUAGAACAGCUAUCUUUCUCAUCAAUCACAUUUCCCAUGAUUGCAACAGGAAAUCUGGGGUUUCCCAAAGCUGUAUUUGCUGAACUAAUCCUGUCAGAAGUGUCCAAAUUUAGUAGCAGUGCGUGGCUGAAAACCUUACAAAAAGUUCACUUUCUGGUACAUCUCGAUGAUGAUGAAAGCCAUAAGGCAUUUUUAGAUAAAUUCACUAGAUGGUCGAGUGGAAAUCCCAAGGAGAAGAUUCUCAUGGUUGGAAAUACCCAAGGUAUCUUUGGGACUGUCACUUGCUCUUGGCCCACAGAGUGUGAAAUGAAAAUUGGUGCGAUUACUUUCCAGGUUGCUAUUGGAGAUAUCGCAAAAGAAAGUGCAGAUGUUAUUGUAAACUCAACAACAAGGAUGUUUAACCUGAAAUCAGGGGUGUCAAAGGCAAUUUUAGAAGGUGCUGGACCAGCUGUGGAAGAUGAAUGUGCUGUACUAGCGACACAGCCUCACAGAGAUUUUAUAGUUACACAAGGUGGAUUCCUAUCGUGUGAUAUAAUAAUUCAUGUCCUUGGAGAAAAUGAUGUCAGGAAAUCAGUUUCCAGUGUUCUAGAAGAGUGUGAACAGAGGAAGCACACAUCUGUUGCCCUUCCUGCCAUUGGAACAGGAAAUGCUGGGAAAAACCCAAUCAGAGUUGCUGACGACAUAAUCAAUGCUAUUGUAGACUUCACACGGAAACAUUCUACUCCAUCAUUAAAAAAAGUUAAAGUUGUCAUCUUUGUAACUGAGCUACUGAAUGUAUUCUAUGACAGCAUGAAGAAAAGAGAAAAAAUAGCCACAUCACCUACCUUCCAGUCCACAUUUUCCAAGGCUGCAUAUAAUAUUCCUGAAUACCGGUCUGACAUGAAUCAGCAGCUGUUUCGUAUGAUCCAGCUACAACCUGGACAGUCAGAAUAUGACACUGUGAAGAACAAAUUCUCUCAGACUUGUCUUUCCUACAGAAUAGAGAAGAUUGAGAAGAUACAGAAUGAAUUUCUCUGGCAGAGCUACCAGAUAAAGAAAAAGCACAUGGACAUCAAGAAUGGCCAUAUAGAUAAUGAGAAAAUCCUCUUCCAUGGGACAGAUGCACACUCUGUGCCACACGUCAAUCAGCACGGCUUUAAUCGCAGUUAUGCUGGGAAGAAUGCUGUAGCCUAUGGAAAAGGAACUUAUUUUGCUGUUGAUGCCAGUUAUUCCGCUGAUGAUAAAUACUCCAGACCAGACAGCAAUGGGAGGAAACAUAUUUAUGUUGUACGAGUACUUACAGGAGUCUACACACUUGGACGUGAAGGAAUAGUUACGCCUCCACCAAAGAACCCUUACAAUUCCAUAGAUCUGUUUGACUCUGUCACAGAUGAUAUACAACAUCCAAAUUUAUUUGUGGUAUUCUUUGAUAAUCAAGCUUACCCAGAAUAUCUUAUAACUUUCAGAUGUUAAAACAUGGGAUUAAAAAAAACUUUAGAGGUGAUUUAGUCAUCUAUUUAUGAGAACAAUUCAUAGAAUUUUUGUCUUUGCCUUUGGUUUGUUUAAACAGAUAAAACAAAUCUCCAUGCUAGGUAUUAUAAUGCUGAAAAAAAGCCUUUUAAAAUGCUUUCUUGCAAUUUCUAGCAUAUCUUUCUUCUGAGCAUAUUGAUGGGUAGAAGCUGAGAAAUAUAAAUGACACAAUUAUAGCCACAACUACAGACACAUUUCUUUUUCUUCUAUUGGAAAAGAAAUAAGAUGAAUCAUUCUAAAGCCAAGUUGUCAUUGUUCUUAUUGGAAUGUGUUAAGACCCCCAACUGUGUUGAGCUAAACCAGACUAUUAAAUGAAUAGGCUGCUAUUGUGCAGCUCAGGAUUUUGCCUCCUUAAGAAACUCUUAUUAGCAAUAGAGUGACUGAAUCAAAGAAUAUUAUGUCAAAUUUGUUGUGAAACAAAUCAGGUAAAAAUGUGUUGUAUUGAUAUCUAAUGCUACAUAACAAAUUACUGCCAAACUUAGUGUCCUUGUGGGUAAAGAAUUCUGGCAUGGCUUUACUGAGUUGUUCUGACUUAGGUUUGUCGUGAAGUUGCAGUGAAGUUGAAGGCUGGGGAUGCAGUCAUCUGAAGGCUUUGCUGGGGCUGGACGAUCUGCUUCCAAGGGGAAUCACUCUAAUAGCUGGCAAGUUUUUACUGGUUGUUGGCAAGGAAUCCUCAUUUCCUCUCCACAUGGGCCUCUCUGCAGGCUGCUUUACUGUCCUCAUGACGUGGCAGCUGACUUAUUCCACAGUGAGCAACUCAGGAAAGAGAAGGCGGAAACCACCAUAUCUUUUGUGGCCUAGCCUCUGAAGUCUACUCCCUCCUUUCUACAAUAUCCUGUUCCAUGAAUCAGCUCCUUCAAUGUGGGAGGUAUUAAACAAGGCAUGGCCAUCAGUAGGCAAGGAUGAUUGGGGACCAUCUUGGAGGUCAUAUGAAUAAGUGAAUGAAUGACAAAUUGAUAAAAUGUUAGCAGUGAAAAGGGCACUAGAGAUCAUCUAGUCCAGUGAUGGCGAACCUUUUGAGCUCGGCGUGUCAGCAUUUUGAAAAACCCUAACUUAACUCUGGUGCCGUGUCACAUA